GCUCCCUUGCCCAACGACACCUUAUCGCCUCCCCGGUUAACAAACAGUUAGAAAGCAAAAGAUACCUCAAUUUCUCCUCUUUGAACUCCGUGCUCCAACUCUAACUAUUGAAGCUCGAAUAUACCCGCUCUUGCUGCCCAGGAAUAGUGCUGCCGCCGCCGCUGGCCAUCCUUGCUCCCGCAACUCCUCCCAACCGCCCGUCUUCCCAACCUCAUUCUUGCACUCCGCUUCCACCAAAGCAAAUCCUCUACUCUCAUCGAAUCCUAGUUCAAUAUCCGAAGCCUACUGUCGCUUGAUUACAUUCCCUUUCAGCUUGAUUGUGCCAUGAGGCCCAAUUAGACAGUACACACGUACCACACGAGCCCAUGGCUAUCAUUCGAUACCAGCCCGAGGAGCUUUUACGCCUUCGCGAAUCCCCUCUAGUGAUCAAGCCGGAUAAUUUACCACCUAUAGAAGAAUGGAUGGGCCCUAUCCCAGACCCCACCGCUCAGAAGAAAAACCCCCGAGAUCCAACAAAUCAAUUGGAGUCGGCCAAUAAUCAGCGGCGCCCGAGUUUUUUUGAGUCGCGCCAUAUCUCACGCACCUCUAAUUCAGAAGAUCUUGUCCUUGGUCCCCCCAAAACGUCAUUUGCCUCUGCCACCAGGGGCUUUGGAAAAUCAAUUGAUGCUACCGACAGAUCUUUCAAGAACAACGACCACGAUGAUACGAAACAAGACCGUUUUGGAGGUUUCCGUGACAAAUUCUUCAAGGACAGAGAAUAUGGAGACAGGGAUAAAGAUCCGGAUAGAAGAGAUAACCGAACCAACCUUACUAAUGGCCGUCGGAUGAACCGAGAUGAUCGAGAAGAUUGGAAUAGUAGACCACGACGAAAUUUUGGACUGGAAGAAGAUCGUGACAGAAGAUCUAGACGAAGUGGCGAUGGAGAUCGCUGGGAUGGUAGAGACUCAAAAGAGCAUCGCGACCAGCAAGACGGAGGCGAACGUGUGAAUCGGGAUAGGGACCAGGGAAGGUUCCCUGGUCGUCGUGAUACGCCUGCUAGACAGAGACAUGAUCAAUUCUGGCACCGUGAUGGUGAGUCGCAGGAUACAGGCGAGCUGGAGGAAGAUAAGACACCGAUUCGGAACCGCGAAUGGCGCCGAGGUUUACAUGGCCCAGACCGCGAUUGGAAUCGGCCCGUUAAGCAAGAACAAGACCCUGAAUGGAUGGAUUCCACCGCUCGUUCUGACACCAAAGAGGCACACACUCAGGAGGAUUUCCAGCGAUGGAAAGAGAGGAUGAAGGCCGGCGCUGCUCAGGUUUCCGGUGAUACGAAGAAAGAGGUUGAGCCCGAACCUCCUAAGCAAGAGCCAAAGACAGUCGAAACCAAGCGAGUCGAUGGCGAGAUGUUUAGCAGCCUUGACCCAUCCUUUCAAACUGACGCUGGCCUGGACAACUUUUUCGGUCUUUUUGGAGGGCACAAAGCCACGCAGGAUUCUCCACUUGAGAAUUUAGCACCCGAAAGCAAGAAAGAAACUCCUAAGCCGGUAAAAUCUUCAAGAUUCGCUGGAUUUUUUAACACUCAGAAUGAAGCCAAAGAGGCUGAACCCCCGCAGUCAGGUACACCACGACCAGCUUCUACGGAUGCAGACCAGGAAGGGUUUCAACGUAUUCUUCAAAUGCUUGGGGGUAAUAAAUCGAGAAAUGCCACCCCUCAAGUUGAGGAACCAAACCAACCCCGUCCUCCGCUCAUGCAAAUUCCUCAAUCUGACUUUGCAAAGGCACCGCCACCGGCCACAUCUCCUCUACGAGAGACGUUCAAUCGCCAGGAAUAUAUGAAUUUCCAAGAUCAGGCCCCACGAGACAAGGCACCGCCAGGAUUGGAGAAUCUACUUGCGCAGAAAGCUCCUAAGGAGAAUAACGCUCAUGGCCGCGAUACCGAAUUCUUGCUGCGUCUUAUGCAACAGUCAAAGCUAUCCACACAAACACCAACCGGCCAAAAUCCCCCUUCUUCGCAAGGCCCUGCAGGACGGGGUUUAAUCGACUUGCUGGCUGGAAACCAGGGUGUGCAAGUCCAGAAAAAUCCGGUCUACAUAGACGAUCCAGCAAUUGCAAAUUUCCGCCAGUCUAACGCAAAUGAUCCACGGAAUCAGCUUCGUCGGCGACCUACUGGCGGACCAACUGGAUAUUUUGACGAAAUGCCCUAUCCUGGGGCUACAAGCGGAAAUCACACUCCCAGCAACCCGCCUGGGCUCCGCCCUCAAGGCCCACCGCAGCAACCCAUGAAUAUCCAGCGACCUCCUGGCCUUGAGCACGUUAAUCCCAAUAACUGGCCAAACCAGCAGAUUCCACAGCAAUCAAACCAAAUGAUGCUGCCUCCGGGCCUUCCCGCUCCACAAACGCGGAAUAUAAAUGCAAACUUCUCUCCUGCACAUCCAAUGCCUUUACCAGCAGGGAUGACGCCAUCGGCGGAACGCCCACAAUUUCAGCGGGGAGCUAGUGGAAACGGCCCGACUGGUUUCGCCCCGCCGCCUGGGAUAAUGCCUCCUCCAGGUUAUUUGAACAUGAACGCUCCUCCACCAUCAGGCUUUCCACUCAUGCCACAUUCCGUAGAGGCGAUGAUGAACUUGUCCCAUGGACACCCUGGCCAUUAUGGAGCAGGUCCACAGCAAGGUCCUCAUCAGCCAUCGUCGCGCCAGUUGCUUGAGAUGUUUACGCAGCAUGGUGGCAACCCAGGAGACGGAAAUGUUGGCGCCCGUAGUGGCGCAGGAAUGAUGGGUCCAGCAGGUCCUUACCGCUAG